CGCAGCGUUGGUAGCUGAGAUCUGCAACAGAUAAACACACACACACAUUUGGAGCAAACCAGAAUGCGAUAAUCACCAUUAAAACAGCACGACAACGGAGAUUACUUCCUCAUUUUUUAAUUUUGCUCAGACAUUUUAGAUCUUUUUCUGAAAGCAUCACUGUGAACCAGGAGAAGAGAGGAAGAGGAGGAGGAAGAGGAAGAGGAGGAGAAGUAGGCAUCACUGGAGGAAAGUCCAUUGAAGGAGAGGGACUGCAAAGAGCCUGUCCCUCCAUCUUUUUCAUGAAGUUUUGCCUCCAUAGAGAAGCAUCAGAGCUUCCGUCUGAUCUAAGCAGUCUGUUCCAUGCCGUUGGGGGGUUCGAUGUGAAAUGGAUGGGAACAGCCCAAACCUGUCAGAGCUUUAUCUCUAAAUGACUGAUUCAAUGGACAUAAAAGGCCAGUGUUGGACGGAUGAGGAAUCAGAUGGAGAGAAUGAGCCCGAGCAGUUUCUCUAUGGAAUUCAGGGGACUUGUGCGGCCGAUCUGUACCGCCAUCCCCAACUGGAUGCUGACAUCGAGGCUGUGAAAGACAUUUACACAGACAGUGCCAUAUCAGUCAGAGAAUACGGCACAAUCGACGAUGUGGAUAUCGACCUUCAUAUCAACAUCAGCUUCCUGGAUGAGGAAGUUGCGACAGCAUGGAAGGUCAUUCGGACGGAGCCCAUCAUCCUCCGCCUCCGCUUCUCCCUCUCGCAGUACUUGGAUGGACCUGAACCAUCAGUUGAAGUAUUUCAACCCUCUAAUAAAGAUGGAUUCAGUCUCGGACUUCAGCUCAAGAAGAUUCUGAGCACCUUCAUCUCUCAGCAAUGGAAACACCUGAGUAAUGAGUUCCUGAAAGUUCAGCAGGAGAAGAGGCACAGCUGGUUCAAGGCUGGAGGGACGAUAAAGAAGUUCCGUGCAGGCCUCAGCAUCUUCUCCCCCAUCCCUAAAUCUCCCAGUUUCCCGCUGAUCCAGGAGACGGCACUGAAAGGGAAACUGAACGUGCCUGAGCUCAGAAUGACCCGGCUGAUGAACCGCUCCAUCUCCUGUACCAUGAAGAACCCAAAGGGGGAGCUGUUCAGUUAUCCCCCUAACAGCCAGACUGUGGCAGUCCCGGCGGGCAGGGCCCCGGCGCAGAUUACCACGCGGCAGCUGAUUGAAUUGUUUUUCUCAUCCCAGGCGGGCGGCCAUUGCAAGAACAUCCCCACUCUGGAGUACGGUUUCUUAGUGCAGAUAAUGAAGUAUUCUGAGCAGCGCAUCCCGACACUCAACGAGUACUGUGUGGUGUGUGAUGAGCAGCACGUCUUUCAAAAUGGCUCCAUGCUCAAGCCUGCUGUGUGCACCAGAGAGCUGUGUGUGUUCUCUUUUUACACUUUGGGAGUCAUGUCAGGGGCAGCUGAAGAGGUGGCUACAGGAGCUGAGGUUGUGGAUCUUCUAGUAGCCAUGUGUAGAGCUGCUCUAGAGUCUCCUCGGAAGAGCAUCAUAUUCGAGCCAUAUCCCUCUGUAGUCGACCCCAAUGACCCCAAAACACUUGCGUUUAACCCUAAGAAGAAAAAUUAUGAAAGACUUCAGAAGGCGCUUGAUAGUGUUAUGUCCAUACGGGAAAUGACCCAGGGAUCCUACCUGGAGAUAAAGAAACAAAUGGAUAAACUGGACCCCCUGGCUCAUCCUCUACUACAGUGGAUAAUAUCCAGUAACAGGUCUCAUAUUGUCAAACUGCCUCUGAGUAGGCAGCUAAAGUUUAUGCACACAUCACAUCAAUUCUUGCUCCUGAGCAGCCCACCAGCCAAAGAAGCUCGGUUUCGGACAGCUAAGAAGCUCUACGGCAGCACCUUUGCAUUUCAUGGUUCUCAUAUCGAGAACUGGCACUCUGUUCUGAGAAAUGGACUAGUCAACGCCUCCUAUACCAAAUUACAGCUGCAUGGGGCAGCCUAUGGGAAGGGCAUCUAUCUCAGCCCCAUCUCCAGCAUAUCUUUCGGAUAUUCAGGAAUGGGUAAAGGACAACACCGGAUGCCAACUAAAGAUGAACUGGUGCAGCGUUAUAACCGUAUGAACACAAUCCCACAGAGUCGCCCAAUUCAGUCGCGAUUCCUACAGAGCCGGAAUCUGAACUGCAUUGCACUUUGUGAAGUGAUCACAUCUAAGGACCUACAAAAACAUGGAAACAUCUGGGUGUGUCCUGUUUCAGACCACGUGUGCACACGCUUCUUUUUUGUAUAUGAAGAUGGCCAGGUAGGAGAUGCAAACAUCAACACCCAGGAGCCUAAGGUGCAGAAGGAGAUCAUGCGUGUGAUUGGCACUCAGAUCUACUCGGGCUGAAAGGGGGGCCUCUGGAGGCCGUCUACAGGGACCCGGCGUUUCAGAACCAGCUGUAGCACCUUAGCUUUUGCUCAGAAUGAAGACGCAGGAGAGCCGAACCUUUUCGAAUCCACCUCCCUGUCCUCUCCUGUGCUUCUCUUCUGACUUUGUUUUUUCUUCUUUUCCUGGCUUUCAUGAGGAGGUUUGGAUGUACGUCCCCUCCCCUCCUCUCCUCUACCCUUUCCGUCCUUCUCCCUGUGCGGUUUGCCUGUUUUGGGGGAAUCUGAGACCGAGCAAACUUCACGUGGAAGUAUUUUUAUGGCACGAUGUAAAGAGCUGACUUUUGGCUCACCGUUUCAAAACCAGCGAAUGCUAACGAGGGGACAGAAUUUCACACCACUCAUGGCUCAGACGCUCAUCCACAUGCCACCUCCUUCCAGAAAGAUAGAUAAGAUGCCCGAUUGGAUCCCUAAGUCUGUCAAUCAAGCUGAUGUGAACUCACCCAAGCAUGGGCUGUUUCCUUUCUAUCUCUCUAUCCUCGGACACUCGUUUUCAUUUCCUUUCAACCCUGAGCUUAAUAACCGCAUCGUUCCGCCUCUACUCUUCCACUCUUUUUCGUUUAUCACUGGAAAUAUCUAUAAAUACAAAGUAAUUGGAAAAAAAAAAAACUUUAUUAGAUUUCUUUCUGGUUUCUGGAAGGUAGACGACGGAUCUUCUCGCACACCAUUAUUGCGUUUGUAAAAAAAAAACAAAAAACAAUCCUCGCCUUGAUCUGUUUACUUUCAUAUUCUUUGAGUAAUGGCGUAUUAAUAUCCAAGAUGCGGUUAUCUCCGGGGCUGCUGUUGUUCAGCUACUUGUUCUGGUAAAAUCAAUUUCCUUUUCUUUUGUCUCUGGUGCACAGCACGGCAGGAACACGAACGUGAACAUGCACGCACACGCGCUGGAGAGAUGUUUACCGCAAUUUAUCAGCGGGAGCACGGGUGCCUCUAUUUGACAAAUGAAAUAACAAAAUUUCAUUAUUGCUCAUAUUCACAGCUAUUCCUUCUAAUCACUGGUUUCUCUAAUUUCAUUAUAUCCUGGGCGGGAAAAAGCUCCCUGACAAGGUCAUUUAACAUAAAUCGAAGAAAUCAAAACCUCAUUUAACGUUCCUGAACAGCUACGGUUAUGGACACAACCUAUUCCUUAUUACCCAUAGUAUAUAACUGGGUGGAUUGCUUUUCCUCCUCUUCCUCCUCCUCUUCCUCCUCCUCCUCCUCCUUAUCCGGCUCUAUUUCUUUUUGAAAUCUAUUCCUUCAGCUUGGUGUGAUUUAUAAAAAUGCCAUGUGUGUGUGUUUCUCCACAUACAAAGGUUGUGUAUUCAGCCAAUGGAGUCUGUGAUCACUUAAACAAACCAUCUCCUACAAACCUACCAACUAACUAACUAACGCACUACGGACUUAACGAAUGUGGAAGCUGUACUUGGGGAUUUUAUGGAAUAGAAGCAGGUUGUAAAUAAAAUCUCUGUGUGAACGGCAGACGAUGAA